AUGGAUACUAGUGUCAAAAAUUUAGAUAAACUUAUCAAUGAUUGCAGUCAAGGGAUUUUCAAACUAUAUGUACCAAAUAAUCUGUUGACAAAGUGUAGGGAAGGCACUGGCUUUAUAGUGGACAGUCAGUUGGGACUGGUUGUCACCAACUAUCAUGUUUUGCUCGACAAUCAGAAAGUGAUUCUAAGAUUUUAUGACAAAUUUAUUGAAAAAGAUGUUAUUCAGGGAAAACAUUCAUCUAAUAGUACUAAUCUGGUCGACAUCCUAACCGGUCGAGUGAUUUAUGUUGAACCGCAAUACGAUUUGGCGCUCAUCCGUAUCUAUAACUAUGUGUCCAAUUCAUUGUCCAGUUUAGUCAUGUCAACAACCGAUGCCAAUGUAGGCGACAAAUGCAUAUCAAUUGGUUAUAUCGAUAUCGAAAAUACUGUACACUAUGGCUAUGUAUGUUCAAUGUCCUGUCGUAUACCCUUAAAUAGGGGUAGUCUAACCAAUACUAUCGACAAUUAUUUCAGUAGUCUUAAUAUGGUUACCGUUCAUUCGGCAACUGCUUGGCCCGGUUCGUCCGGCGGUCCCCUAAUCGAUAUGGACUGUCGUGUUGUUGGAGUACUUACAGCUAUAAAAACAUAUAAAACCAAUAUUGCCAUAAAAGUCAGUGACGUUAAGGCAUUCAUUCAAAGAGGACGACAAUAUAUGGAAAAUGAUUUUAUAAAAAUACAAAAUGAUAGACAAAAUCGAUUUAAAAGAUCAUUCAGUUUGGGCAUCAUUUUGACGGCAUUUAUAGUUAAAGGUUUUACAUAUAAUACAACACAAGCCAGAAUUCUUUUACAAUUGAAUGACUUAAUAACAUCAGUAAACGGAACACAACUCACAGAUUUGGAUCAAUUGACGGAUGCUUUGGAUAACAUUACAAGUGAUGAACAGGUUAUACAACUAACAGUGCGAAGAGAGACUAGACUGGAGGGUACGGCUAAACGAUCACUAAAUGAAGUCAACGUUUUUAUUAAUCCAAAAAUCAAUAAUAAUAAUGAUAUCUAUAGCUUACUAUCGGUUGGACCAAAAAAUAAAAAUAAUAAUUGUAGCCUAUUGUGGUCAACAAAAGUAUCAACAAAACAACUUAUGAGUCCGUCAGCACCGGUAACAUGUUUGCGAACGGUUCGUUUGGGUGCCAGUGCCGAAUAUAUUCAACAGCUCAACAACUACUGUAAUACAUGGGUUGUCAAAAUAAAUGUUAUGUUAGAUUUGUAUGGAAAGGUAUCGCAAGGAACCGGGUUUCUUGUAGACGGCGAGCGGGGACUGUUGGUCACCAACUAUCAUGUUGUAGCCGACAGACAGAAUGUGAUGAUUCAGUUUGCAAACAGGUUUUACGAAUCAAAUGUUAUUCAGUGA